AUGGGAUGCCUGGCCACUCUGUCCCACGGUCAGGUGACUGUGGAUGCCGGCACUACGCUGCAGGCCAUCGACGGCUUCGGCUUCUCCCAGGCUUUUGGGCGCGCCAAGGAGUUCCAGAACGCCCCCAAGGCCCUGCAGAAGCAAGCCCUCGACCUGCUCUUCAGCACCACCUCCGGCGCCGGCUUCAGCAUCAUCCGGAACCGCAUCGGCUCCGGCGGCAGGGGAGACAGCAUCCUCCCCGCCAGCCCCGGCUCACCCACCGGACAGCCCGCCUACGUCUGGGACGGCGAUGACGGCGGCCAGGUGUGGUUCACAAAGCAGGCCGUGUCCUACGGCGUCAACCAGAUCUACGCCGACGCCUGGAGCGCCCCCGGCUUCAUGAAGACGAGCGGCAACGAGGCCACAGCUGGAUACCUCUGCGGCACCACCGGCCACACCUGCGCCUCGGGCGACUGGCGCCAGGCCUACGCAGACUUCCUCGCGCAGUACAUCAAGUACUACGCCCAAACUGGGCUCAACGUGACCCACGUCGGCUUCCUCAACGAGCCGGACUACUCACCGAGCUACUCCCAGAUGCAGAUCAGCUUCAACGCCCAGGAGGCCAUCUCCUUCAUCCCGACCCUGCACCAGACACUGCAGUCUGCCGGCCUCGCCACCAAGAUCACCUGCUGCGACGCCGUCGGCUGGGGCUCGACGGUCAAGUAUACCAACGCUCUCGUCCCGGCAGGCAUGGAGCAGUACCUCGGCCUGAUCACCUCGCACACCUACUCGGGCGACGCCGACAGCGCCCUCGACACCAAGCUGUCCUCCUGGGUGACCGAGUCCGGCAUCACAAAGGCGUUCGACACGACCUGGUACAGCAACGGCGGGCCGACCGAGGGCAUGACCUGGGCCAACAAGAUCGCCGUCGGCAUCGUCAACGCCCGGCUGUCGGCCUACCUCUACUGGGAGGGCUUCGAACUCAACCAGCUGCAGUCCGACAGCCACCUCGUCGACACCCGUGACGGCGCCACCGCCACGCCCUCGGCCAACUUCUGGGCCUUCGCCAUGUGGUCCCGCCACAUCCGCCCCGGCGCCGUGCGCCUCGCCACCUCUGGCACCGUCUCUGGCGUCCUCACCGCCGCCGUCCGCAACACCGACGGCUCUGUCGUCCUCGUCCUCACCAACAACGGCGCCGCCGCCCAGUCGGCCUCGGUCUCCUUCGAUGGGGGGUUCGUCCCCGGCGCCGCCGCCGCCUACGUCACCGACAACACGCGCACCUUCGCAGCCACGCAGGCCGCCGUCUCCGGGUCGGCCGUCUCCGUGUCCGUCCCGGCCAAGGGCGUCGUCACCGUCAAGCUCGGCGGUGUGUCGACACGUACGAAUUCCACCGGCGACGCGCUUGUACGAUCCACCGGCCCUGGACACUGA